GUAGGACCUGCCCUUUGAAAGCUUCCUGUGUGACUUGCUUUUGGCCACCAGUUCCAGUUUCUCUAUUUCCUAUUUUUUGGUUUACAGAAAUGAGGAUGUCCCUCAGGGAAGCUUUCUGACUCUCGUGUUCUGCGCUGGCAACAGAACAAGGUCCUGGAGUGAUGACAGCCACAAAGGAAAACCAUGUGCUGCUUGGGCUGGAUGUUUCUUUGGCUUGUUGCAGAAGAGAACAUUCAGGGACUUUCUAUUUCAGAGUGCGCCACCAAAACACUCCUUUGGACAUAUUCGGCAAGCAGUGAAGAGGAGUUUGUCAUAUUUUGUGAUUUAACAGAGGCAGAGAAAUCAUACUUACAUCAUAGAAGUCAAUGCUCAACGACCCAAGGCCCUCAACGCCUGCCCUGCAGUGGCAGUAGGGACCUAUCUGAUGUGCAGUGGUACCUACAGCCACAGGAUGGGGAUCCUCUUGGCGAAAUCACUCCAAGCCAUCCUCAUAUCAUUCAAGACAAGAGCACUCUUCGUUUUUUAGCCCCAGCGACGAAUAAUUCCGGGUUAUAUGUUUGUAGACCCAGGAUUAGGACCCCGUGGGAUGAGGCCUGUUGUGUGAAAACAAUCUUAAAAGUUAAACCUCAGACAAAUGCGUCCUGCAAGAACCAUGUCUCACAUAAGCAAAGCCUUCUUCUCGGUAGCACCGCCUAUAUUUAUUGCCCCGGUCUCAACUGCCAAAGUGAUAUGCAAAAUCCAGAGAUGACCUGGUACCAGAAUGGAAGACUCCUCUCUGACAAAAGGAAUAACCCCAUGAUGGUGGAUGAGAUUUAUGACUAUCACCAGGGCACGUAUGUGUGUGAUUACACUCAGUCGGAUAAUGAAGGCUCAUGGAUAGUCAGAGCUGUUGUUCAAGUAAGAACCAUUGUGAAAAACACUAAUCUCAAACCAGAUAUUCUGGAACCCAUCAAGGAUACCCUGGAAGUAGAACUUGGAAAACCUUUAAGUCUUCACUGCAAAGCACGAUUUGGCUUUGAAAGGGACUUUAACCCUGUGAUAAGGUGGUACAUCAAAGAGUCCGACAAUGUGUGGGAAGUCCCAAUACCUCAGGGAAAAAGUGUUAAAUCCACAUUUGAGGAUGAAAUCAUUGAGCGUAUUUUCUUCUUGAAAGAAGUGACUCAGCGCGAUCUUCGCAAGAGAUUCCUUUGCUUUGCUCAGAACUCCAUCGGGAACGCAACCCAGUCCAUUCAGCUGAAGGAAAAGAAAGGAGUGGUGUUCGUGUACAUCCUGCUCGGCACCGUGUUGACCCUGCUGGCCGUGCUCACGGCGAGUGCUGUCCUCUACACGUACUGGAUUGAAAUAGCGCUGCUGUGGCAGAGCUGCCAGAACAAGGAUGAGACGCUCGGAGAUGAAAAGGAAUUUGAUGCCUUCGUAUCCUAUGCGAAAUGGAGCUCUUUGGAGGGUGUGGCCUCGCCAUCGCUGAGUGAGGAACUCCUGGCUUUGAAUCUGUUCCCUGAGGUUUUGGAGAACAAGUAUGGAUACACCUUGUGUUUGCUGGACAGAGAUGUGGCUCCGGGAGGAGUGUAUGCAGAAGACAUUGUGAACAUCAUUAAGAAAAGCAGAAGAGGAAUCUUUGUCUUGAGCCCCAACUAUGUCAAUGGACCCAGUGUCUUUGAACUGCAGGCAGCAGUAAAUCUUGCCUUGGAUGAUAAAACUCUGAAACUAAUUUUAAUUAAGUUCUGUGCAUUUGAAGAACCAGAAUCUCUACCUCAUCUUGUGAAAAAAGCUCUAAGGGUUUUGCCCACUGUCACAUGGAGAGGCAUAAAAUCCGUGCCUCCCAGUUCCUGGUUCUGGACCCAGAUACGCUACCACAUGCCUGUUAAAAACACAAAAGGAUUCACAUGCAACAAAUUCAAAACUAUGUCAUGAAUUUUUUUUUUCCACUGGAAAGGAUUCGGCAAGACAGACACCACUGGGAGGAGCUCCCAGCUUAGAGAAUGUGGACUGGGCAAGAACACCCUCCCCUCCAGCCCCUGGGAGGAGAGAGGACACACAGCCUGAAUCAGACUCAUGGAAAAGCAAAUCUUCUUCCUGCCCCAAGCAGGCUGGACAGGCACAGGAAGGAGCCUAAGGCUGUGGUUUAGAGUCUCUGACUCCUGGACAGGACAGGGAAAGUGUGAAUUCUUUCGAACUCUGUGUGCGUUCAGCUCACAAUGCCCCCAGCACGUCCCCAGUGGUCUGAGUGAAAUCUGCAGGUACAGGUGCCCCUGCUUUGUGGCUAUGGACUGUCAUGGCUGCCAUGUAUUUUACACUUGACUUCUACACAUGCAAUCAGAUAAACACCAUUUCAUUAGAACCAAGGGAUUUUAACUGUGCCCAAACGUUUUCUAUACAGAAGACAAUUCAUUUAAAACACACAUAUUUUUAUUUUUAAUAGACAUAUAGAGAUUAGACAGAUUUGUGUGGUACAGUGUAACACUUAAAUGCAUGCAUACAGUAUCAGUUCAGGGCAUUUGGCAGGCCCAUCGCCUUAAACAUCCAUCAUUUCUUUUGUGUUGGGAACAUUUACAAUCCUCUCUACUGGCUGUUUUGAAAUAUUCACGCACCUGUUGUCAGCCAUAGUUACCUGCUAUGACUCUUGCACUAUGUUCAUUCAUCGACUCUGGAGUGUGGGAAUGAAGUGUGAAAGAAUGAGAGACCAGUGAGACACAAAGUGUUCAGGGCUACAAUCAGUGUCUGCUGUGUCCUUGUGGGCAAUAACCCCUCUGGGUAAAUGGACUACAGACACUCCUCAGCUUACGAUGGGGUUGCAUCCAGAUAAAUCCAUCGCUAAAAUAAAAAAAAAAUCACAAGGCCAAAAACGUGCUGAAUCUGCCUAACUGACUGAGCAUCCUGGCUGAACAUCACAGCACACUGUAGAGCGGGAGCAUUUCCCUCCUGACCUCAGGGCUGAGGGGAAGCUGCCGCUACUGCUGCUUAGCAUCACCCAAGAGGACGCACAGAGCCAGACCAGGAGAAGAUCCAGAUUCCAAAUUCCAAGUGUGAUUUCUACUGAGCACAUGUUGCUUUUGUACCAUUGUAAGUCAAAAAAACUUAAGUCAGACCAUUAUAAAUAAGGGACUGUUUAUAGAAAAGGGGCACCUGCCACUGGGCAGAUGUGGUCUAUCCAGUCUAUGGGUAUGGGGGACAAGGUAGGGAUAAUUUCAAUUCUUUAUUGUUCUGCUGGCCAGAGGCCUUUGGGAAGAGCUUAAAGUACAUAGCCUUGCUCUGUGCUGCUGGCGGUUGAGACCAGCUGAGCCCAAAUCAUCAAGGUCCCUGAAGAGACAAGGCAUUGACCAUCAACAAACUAGAAAGGUGGUGGCAAGGGUCAGCAGUCAUGCAGGUAUCUGGGGAAUAAGUGUGUAUGCAGGUAAAAGGCAGCAAGACUGGAGUUGGAAUAGAGCUGUUGUCCGAGCCCUUGGCCUGUUAAGGCUGGCACUCCUGUGUGUUUCUGGACCUUGUAAUGGCAACUUCAGUCCACUGAGUGGCAGGCUGGUGUGCUUGAGGGCCAAGUUGUUCCUGGUAGCCAAGGCCAAUUUCCUUCCUAUCCAUUUCUUUAUGAGACCUCAUUGUGCAGCUGAAACAGGGUUGUAUGUAGUUCUGCAUGGACCACGUAAAGCCUUCACGCUCUGUCAUCCUCAGUGGGGUGGAGUGAUUCAUCAACUGAACAAUAAAGA